CACUAAGUCACUUGGUAAGAAGGAUCUUCUGCUCAUUCUUCAUUAGAAACGACCUGCUGGAGACACCAGCUCGACUGAAGUGGCUGCCAGGAUUCUAACAGGAAGGAAACAGUUUCUACAGUCGUAUCAAAGCAUAAACAUGAAUAAAUCUCAUCACUGCUCAGAGUGUGGAAAGAGUUUUACUCAGCAGAGUCAUCUCCGACAACACCAGCGCAUUCACACAGGAGAGAGGCCGUAUCACUGCUCAGAAUGUGGGAAGAGUUUUACUCAGCAGAGUUCCCUUAAAAAACACCAGCACAUUCACACAGGAGAGAAGCCGUAUCACUGCUUACAGUGUGGGAAGAGUUUUGCUCACAAUGAUACCCUUAAAGUACACCAGCGCAUUCACACAGGAGAGAAGUUGUAUCACUGCUCAGAGUGUGGGAAGAGUUUUGCCCGACAGAGUCAUCUCCAACACCACCAGCGCAUUCACACAGGAGAGAAGCCGUAUCACUGCUCAGACUGUGGGAAGAGUUUUGCUCGACAGAUUAUCCUCCAACACCACCAGCGCAUUCACACAGGAGAGAAGCCGUAUCACUGCUCAGACUGUGGCAAGAGUUUUGCUUACAGAAGUGCUCUUAAAAUACACCAGCGUGUUCACACAGGAGCGAAACCGCAUCACUGCUCAGACUGUGGCAAGAGUUUUACUCAAAGUAGUGCCCUUAAAAUACACCAGCGUAUUCACACAGGAGAGAAACCGUAUCACUGCUCAGAGUGUGGGAAGAGUUUUACUGUAGGUGAAGCCCUUAAAAUACACCAGCGUGUUCACACAGGAGCGAAACCGCAUCACUGCUCAGACUGUGGCAAGAGUUUUACUCAAAGUAGUGCCCUUAAAAUACACCAGCGUAUUCACACAGGAGUGAAACCGUAUCACUGCUCAGAGUGUGGGAAGAGUUUUGCUCAUGCAAGUAGUCUUAAACAGCAUCAGCGAAUUCACAUAGAAAAAACUACACUGUUAAAAUAAUGGGAAGUAUUUUUUUGUGUAUUUUUUUUUCAACAACACCAGCACAUUCACACAGGUGGAGAAGCUGUAUGGCUGCUUAUUGAAUGAAACAGUUUGUCAAAGAAUUAUCCAUAAAGUACAUCAGCACAUUCACACAGGAUAGAAAAGACAUAUAAAUCACAUAAGAGGACAAACCAUAUUGUUUUUGUGACUGAAGUUUUUGUGACUGAAGUCGUGUUGAAAAACACCAACGCAUUCAG